AGGGUGAUCCAGUGAGAUAUGAUGGCCUGGAUGAUCAUCGCCCUCUGUGUGACAGGUAAGUCAUCCUGAAAGCGCUGGUUAACCCAUAUUUAGGGCUGGAUUCCCUGUAAUCUAGGGCUGGUUAACCCAUAGUUAGGGCUCAAUUCUCUGUAAUCUAGGGCUGGUGAACCUAUAUUUACAGCUUGAUUCCCUGUAAUCUUGAUACAAGUAAUAUUCAGUUAUUCGCACCAGACCAUGUAUUACUUGUGUCUACAUUAGCUCUAGUGAGUACUUUUUGCAUGUGAACUGCUGUCAAGCUCGCUCAUAUAUUUUCCUUAAAGGGACACUACAGGGAGUGCAGAAUUAUUAGGCAAGUUGUAUUUUUGAGGAUUAAUUUUAUUAUUGAACAACAACCAUGUUCUCAAUGAACCCAAAAAACUCAUUAAUAUCAAAACUGAAUAUUUUUGGAAGUAGUUUUUAGUUUGUUUUUAGUUUUAGCUAUGUUAGGGGGAUAUCUGUGUGCAGGUGACUAUUACUGUGCAUAAUUAUUAGGCAACUUAACAAAAAACAAAUAUAUACCCAUUUCAAUUAUUUAUUAUUACCAGUGAAACCAAUAUAACAUCUCAACAUUCACAAAUAUACAUUUCUGACAUUCAAAAACAAAACAAAAACAAAUCAGUGACCAAUAUAGCCACCUUUCUUGCAAGGACACUCAAAAGCCUGCCAUCCAUGGAUUCUGUCAGUGUUUUGAUCUGUUCACCAUCAACAUUGCGUGCAGCAGCAACCACAGCCUCCUAGACACUGUUCAGAGAGGUGUACUGUUUUCCCUCCUUGUAAAUCUCACAUUUGAUGAUGGACCACAAGUUCUCAAUGGGGUUCAGAUCAGGUGAACAAGGAGGCCAUGUCAUUAGAUUUUCUUUUUAUACCCUUUCUUGCCAGCCACGCUGUGGAGUACUUGGACGCGUGUGAUGGAGCAUUGUCCUGUAUGAAAAUCAUGUUUUUCUUGAAGGAUGCAGACUUCUUCCUGUACCACUGCUUGAAGAAGAAGGUGUCUUCCAGGAACUGGCAGUAGGACUGGGAGUUGAGCUUGACUCCAUCCUCAACCCGAAAAGGCCCCACAAGCUCAUCUUUGAUGAUACCAGCCCAAACCAGUACUCCACCUCCACCUUGCUGGCGUCUGAGUCAGACUGGAGCUCUCUGCCCUUUACCAAUCCAGCCACGGGCCCAUCCAUCUGGCCCAUCAAGACUCACUCUCAUUUCAUCAGUCCAUAAAACCUUAGAAAAAUCAGUCUUGAGAUAUUUCUUGGCCCAGUCUUGACGUUUCAGCUUGUGUGUCUUGUUCAGUGGUGGUCGUCUUUCAGCCUUUCUUACCUUGGCCAUGUCUCUGAGUAUUGCACACCUUGUGCUUUUGGGCACUCCAGUGAUGUUGCAGCUCUGAAAUAUGGCCAAACUGGUGGCAAGUGGCAUCGUGGCAGCUGCACGCUUGACUUUUCUCAGUUCAUGGGCAGUUAUUUUGCGCCUUGGUUUUUCCACACGCUUCUUGCGACCCUGUUGACUAUUUUGAAUGAAACGCUUGAUUGUUCGAUGAUCACGCUUCAGAAGCUUUGCAAUUUUAAGAGUGCUGCAUCCCUCUGCAAGAUAUCUCACUAUUUUUGACUUUUCUGAGCCUGUCAAGUCCUUCUUUUGACCCAUUUUGCCAAAGGAAAGGAAGUUGCCUAAUAAUUAUGCACACCUGAUAUAGGGUGUUGAUGUCAUUAGACCACACCCCUUCUCAUUACAGAGAUGCACAUCACCUAAUAUGCUUAAUUGGUAGUAGGCUUUCGAGCCUAUACAGCUUGGAGUAAGACAACAUGCAUAAAGAGGAUGAUGUGGUCAAAAUACUCAUUUGCCUAAUAAUUCUGCACUCCCUGUAUAGGCACCAAAGCAGCUUUAGUUUAAUGAAGUCAUUUAAUAGAUCAUGCCUCUGCAGUCUCACUGCUCAAUUCUCUGACAUUUAGGAGCUAAAUCACUUUGCUUAUGCACCCUAGUUACACCUUCUUGCAAGUGACCUUCCUAAACACUUCCUGUAAAUAGAGAUCUAAUGUUUAAUUUUCCUUUAUUGCAAAUUUUAUUUAAUUUAGAAUUUCUUAUCCACUACUCUGUUAAUAGCUUGCUAGACCCUGCAAUGGCCUCCUGUAUGGGAUUAAAGUUUAAUUUACAGAGCAGGAGACAACGUCUAAGGCAAGUUAACAUCUGAUUGAAAGUGAAACCAUUUUGUUUUCAUGCAGGCUGGCUGAGUCACAGCCUGGGGAGGUGUGGCUAGGGCUAUAUAAACAAAAACAAAAGUGAUUUAACUCCUAAAUGGCAGAGAAUUGAGCAGUGAGGCUGCAGAGGCAUGAUCUAUACACCAAAACUGCCUCAUUUAGCAAAGGUUGUUUUGGUGCCGGAAGUGUUGCUUUAAUAUUUCUUUAAAAAAAAAAUUAAAUCUAUUUUUCUUGGUAGAAUUAUUUUUUUUCCUUAAAGUGGAGAAUUUUUUUAAUUUUUUUUGCUACCUUGCACCCCAGCAGAGUGGUCUCUAUACUAUACUAAUACUAUACUAAUAAACAGUUUUUGCAUAUUCUAUUUAUAUAUUUUUCAUUUGCUUGGGUGCGGUAUUUAUUGUUUUUGAUUUUUAUCUGAGUAUUGCGAAAUGUUCAUCAUGACUGAUUUAUAAAUGAUGUGUCAAUAGUUGAUGUGCAAUUUAGGUUUUUUAUUAAAAACAAAUUGUUAUUAUACUCUGAAUUAUGGUGAAUUUAAUUAUUUUACAGCUCCGCAGCUUACUGCAGCCCAACUCUCAGGGCUAUUCCCUAAAAUGUGAGUUGUAACAAAUUCAAAGUGAAUUUCAAUGUUCAUCCAAAGAAAAACAGAACUGGAAAACAAUUUUAUUUAUUAUUUUAUUCUACUAUCUUAUCCUAAAAUUAAAAUUUAAUUUACUUUGGAUUGCCUACUUUCCAGGCUAUAGUUAAUCACACUGUUUAUUGUAGUAAAUUGUUGGAAUUAUUUGAAAUAAUGCUUUGAAUAUAGCUGAGUCUGGCAAAUUUUUCCAGAUAACCUAUUUUUGUCUAUGUUUUGCAACUUUGAUUUGAAUUCAUUAUAAUUCAGAGGUCGGCCCUGUAUGACUUUAAUUAAUCAGAUAUUCAUUUUUGUAAUUUUCAAUCUUUCAUGAUUUAUUAUCCAGUAUAAUGUAUAAUUAUAAUUUAUAUUAAUUUGUAAUUCAUUCACAUAAUCCAUUUGGUCUUAUUUUUAGAUUUUUGCAUUACAAAAUGUUGUCUGAACAAUGAGGGGGAAAUGACCAGUGUGUCAUGGAGUAUAAAUCACUAACGAGGAAUUGCACAUUUUAAGGACAAAAUAGACAGAAAGUGAAAUAUUUUUCCAACAGAACUCAUUUUUAAAGUUUGUUCAUUUCAUGUAAAAUAUCUUUGUCAAUUCCUCAAAGUUCUCGAUUCAAUGACUAAACAUUGCAGACUGUGGAAAUGUUGUUGAAGCAUUGUUAGAUCUGUUGUAAUACUUAAUUAAUUACUUUAAUAAUAAUAAGUGUUCUGCUGUUGUAUUAACUUUUGUUUUUGUUUCUGGAGGUAAUUAAUUUUUACGUAGAUGCAGACACUAAUCGUUUUGGUAUUUUUCUCAUGGAUGUGCCUUUAUACGAGACCCCCGAUUGCUGCUAAUUGAUGCUCUAAGAGACACAUUAUAGAAAUAACCAGUUAUGGCCACUAAUUCCCACAAACACCCGGGAGCCGUCCUGUGAUGUUUGGUGUUUUCGUCCUCGCCAGACCGGCCCAAACUCCAGGGUGUUGUCGUCGUCUUCAGAAAUCAGUCCAUGACUCACUGCACAGUCAUGGCUGAAACUUUAACCCUUUGAGUGAUGUACUAAGAAAUGGCUUCCAAAGAACAGUCUAGAGAAGGAAAAGGCAACCUUCGGCACUUCAGAUGUUGUGAACUGCAUCUCCCACAGAGCAUCAGGGGAGAUGUAGUCCAAUACAUAUGGAAUGUUGAAGGUUGCCCAACCCUGGUCUAGAGUAGAGGGAGUCCGACAUCAUCCCUCCGUCGAAUGUCUUUUUACAAUUUCUCUCAGAAUAGCCCAGUCUAGGAGUUGUACUCUGUACGGGCCCUACUUUAUGAGCUAAGACACACACAGUCACCAUCACAGACAGUAACACACCGUCCCCACGAGGGUCCAUCUGCCAUGUUUAAUUCCGGAAAUCCAUAAAAUGUAAAACAUAGUGCUCCGAGACUUUCUAAUGCUAUAAGGAUAAACCUUUCAAGCUAAUUAAAAUAGACUACAUAACACACAUAGAGUAAACAAAGACAGUUUCUAAUUGUUAAAUUGUACUUGGUAGGUGGCCAUAGUUAGUAGUGCAGAUUAAAUCUUUAUUUUUCAGUUAAUGUAUCCUGGGGGGUAAUGAAUGCCUACUUUUGCUCAUUCUUAUUAUCUAACAUUUGCCUCCAAGGAGCUAAAUUUUUGUUCCGCUUAUGAGACUCGCGUACGAUAACUUAGAUUGCAAGCUCUGUGGGGCAGUGUGACCAAGGCUGAAUAGACUAUGAGGAUAAUAUAAUCCUCUAUGAGACAUAUCUAAAUUCUAACUUCACAAAUAUUUGUCCUUGCUGGAGUUCUCCAUAUUUUCCUUUUAAAAUGGAAAUUGGUGAAAGAUAAAUGUAUCAGAAUUUACAUCAGAUGCCAUUAUAGUGUGUAAUAAUUGAAUAAAGCAAACAAUGCUAAUCUCCUAAUCUGUCUGUAAUCUACCUGUCUCGUUAAUCCGUUAUCUGUUUCUCUAAUUCACCAGCUGUGUCCCAGCUUUCCAGAGCAACGCCAGGUAAGAGACAUAGCGAGAUACAUGGGGCUAUUACCAGGGAUUCUGGGGGGAAUUUUACAAUUAGGACAAUUUACCCACAGCUGGACAAUUGUUUAAAUUCACCGUUUAUUGAAUAAACCCUGUAGAAAUAAUAACAGUCUAUAGAUAUCAUUUUAUAUCUAGUUCUAUGGCGUUCUGGAUGUUUGUCAGAUAUAAAUAUUGUGCUCUGUGUUCUUAUAUUGGUACAUAUGGUUAUAGUGCUUAUAUAGUUCUAUAGAUACAGAUAGAACUACUGUAUUGUUCUAUAGAUACGGAUAGAUUCCCUGUAUUGUUCUAUAGAUAUGGAUAGAUUCCCUGUAUUGUCCUAUAGAUACGGAUAGAGUCCUUAUAUUGUUUUGUAGAUAUUGAUAGAAUUUCUUUAGAUAUACAUAGUGUCCUUUAUAUAAUUCUAUAGAUAUACAUUGUAUCCGGUAUAUCAUUCUAUAGAUAUACAUUGUGUCCUGUAUAUAAUUCUAUAGAUAUACAUUGUGUCCUGUAUAUAAUUCUAUAGAUAUACAUUGUAUCCGGUAUAUCAUUCUAUAGAUAUACAUUGUAUCCGGUAUAUCAUUCUAUAGAUAUUCAUUGUGUCCUGUAUAUAAUUCUAUAGAUAUACGUUGUAUCUGGUAUAUAAUUCUAUAGAUAUACAUUGUGUCCAGUAUAUAAUUUUAUACAUAUACAUCGUGUCCGGUAUAUAAUUCUAUAGAUAUACAUUGUGUCCAGUAUAUAAUUUUAUACAUAUACAUCGUGUCCGGUAUAUAAUUCUAUAGAUAUACAUUGUGUCCUGUAUAUAAUUCUAUAGAUAUACAUUGUGUCCUGUAUAUAAUUCUAUAGAUAUACGUUGUAUCUGGUAUAUAAUUCUAUAGAUAUACAUUGUGUCCGGUAUAUAAUUCUAUAGAUAAGUCCGUAUUGCAUUUUCUGCAGUCAUCACUCAGAGUUUUCUAUUAUCUUUCAGUUUGUGGCAAGCAGGGUGUACAGGAGCAUAUUUAUGGAGGAGCCAAUGCAAUGCCCGGAGAGUGGCCUUGGCAUGCCAGUCUGAGCUACCUGGGCAAGCCGUUCUGUGGGGGCAGUCUCAUAUCUGACAGCUGGGUCAUCACCGCUGCUCACUGCUUUGAUGGGUAAGCACAUUCAGAAUUCUUCAUGGUAUCUUAUCUAGAACUGCAAUUCCAGCCCAGUCCUCAAGGCACCAAUGGUCAAUAUCCCAACAGAAAUGAAAGCUAAACCGCGUACAGUCCGAGAGCCUUGACAAUUGGGUUGGAAUCCUUGAUCUAGACAAUGCUUGGGGUCUAUGUCAGAAUAAUCAAACAGGGACAGUGACUGACAGAAGGUGGAUAUCCUCCCCGGGCAAAUUGCAUGGUGAAUGGUUUGCCCAUCUGCAGGUGAGUACCUACCACUGAGUCUCUUCCAAAGUUAAUUAUCUCUUUCUGCACUGAUCAGAUUGGGGCCGUUAUUUAUUCAUUACACCCACGGGCCAAAGGGCAAGAGUGACUUCUUCAGACAGAAAUUAUCUAGUGAUUAGUUCGAUCUUCUGAUAUUCCUUGUUAAUGACUUGGAAACAAUCCAGGUAGUGCCAUGAAUUACUGACUAGUAGGAUCAGACGAUUAUAUCAGUUGGAGAUACCGUAUAACCGGAGCAAUUAAACUUAAUGUCAAAUGGUUUUUUUUUUACCAAAUCAGGAGGGUUCUUAAAGUACGUCCAUUUAUCCUCUAUUUUUACCUAGGUUUGUAGGAAUCAGAAAUCCCAUAUAUACUGCACUAAAAUUAGAAAUAUUUUACUGUGUCGAGAAAUUCCCGUCACAAUCCUGUUCACUCCUGGCACAACCUUGGCACAGUCAGUCCACACAGUGUAUUUAAAGUGGAGUAGCAAACAUUGAGUGUGUUUAUCCUUCUUGGUUUAUAAUAGUAAUAGGUUUAUGCAGAGCUCAUAGCUCUAAUUUCAUUUUCAAACCAUUUUACUUUAGGACAACAGCAAAGUAUUUAAAAGUCCACCGAAGGGACCAUUCCCCUAGCUUUUUGCUUUUUUCCAAUAAAGCCAGCCUCUAAGAAUAAAUAGCUGAACGUGUUAAGACUUUUUUUUCAAUUGAAUGUAUUUUGUGAUUGUAAGGUGGACAAAAACAACCACACAAACACAGGCACACAAACUUAGAAUUAUACUUUCAUUGACGAAAUACCUUUACACAUUUUUGCAUUCAGUUUAUGUAGUGACAGCGUGCCUGAACAAUCCAUUAAAUUUACUGAGUGGAUACCAGGUAAUUUAUUUUACUUAAUUGCAGGCUUUUGGGGACAGUGUUGGGGGUUCUGUUCGCCCUCAAUUCCCCUGGCUUCUCGGUGGAUGCAUUUGCUCUGUUGCUCCUGGAUCUGCAACUAACAUUAACAGGGUUUGACCAGAUAAAUAGGAAAUAAUUAUGGACAUUAGCUUUUCCAGUUAUAACGACCAUAUUGAGGAGUUAGUGGGUACGUGAUAUUCCUACUAUUAUCUUUGCUAGCUUUCUCAACCAAUCCAUGGAUAGUAAUUAUAGCAAUGAUUUAUUCAUGAAAAGAUGAUAUGUGGGUAACUCAGUGAGCAAGGCGUCCACAUCACGAGACGCUAAGGAUAUGCAAUUUAAUGGAAACAGAAUGUGUUACAGUUUGUCCAACAUCCCUUUCAUCAUAUCUCUAAUUCAUUUAAUUACUCUUGCUUCAGACUUUUCCCAUGCAGUUUCUGUCUCCCACACCCUGAGUUGCCUGUCCUAUUGCAGAUCAAUAACUCUUACUGAUAUCUGUCUCUCAGAUUAAUCCUGUGUGAUUUACAACUGCAAACUUGAUGCCUCGCUAUUAAUGACAAGGUGUGUUAUCUCUUUGUGGUGCUGUCAAGGCUACUUAUAGUAAUCUCAAUUUAACUAACCUAUAAUUAAAUCCCAGCAUAAUAUUAUACAUCAAGGACUCAUUCCACUUUUCUGUUACUGAAGGAAGUACUGUGGACUUGUAUACUGAGAAAAAAAAAUGAUGUUCGUCCAAAUUGAUUUGUCUGAAAAGUUUUUGGGGUUUAAACGACCGAAUUUUGUCCAUGUAGGGUUUCGGUUUGGAAAAAUUAGAAAUGUUAUGCCAACCCCCAUAAUGUCUGAUGAAGAGAACAUUUACUCUCACAUUAUCUUGACAGGCUAUGGAAAGCAUACAUGUAGAUGCAACCUGUAUUUUUGAAGACUUCUAACUUUCACUAUGUCCCUUUAAGAAACUCACCCUCGAAGGAUCCAAAGUCAUGGACUGUGCAGCUGGGCUUCACCAAAUUUGGCGAUGUGCCAGAGAACUCGGCUGUCAAUGUGACAAUACUGAAGAUAGUGAUCCCUGGAAACUACACAAACUUUGUGGUGGGAACGGAUAUGGCUUUGGUGAAGCUGUCUCACCCGGUGGCAUUUACACAACUUAUUUCCCCUGUCUGCCUCCCAGAAAAGACUCACAGAUUCCGUUUACGUAGUACCUGCUAUGCCACCGGCCUCAUGAAUGUAUCUGAAGAGGAUAAGAGUGCAGAAAAAGAUGUACCAGAAAAAGGUAAGUGAAAGGAAUGAGAUGUACUCAAAGACGUCUACUUGGAGAGAGAGGAAAGAGAUGUAGCCAAAGAGGGAGGAAGAAGUUGUACUUAAGAAAGGAUCAGGAGACACCUAAAGAGGGAAAAACAGAUGUCCCAAAAUAGGACUAAAGCAUAUUUAAGGGGGUCAAUGAGGAUGAAGUUGCAAAAACUCUUUCUUCCAUUAAAUGUGUUUCUUCAUUUAAUUUUUAUUUUAUUUCCCUCUCUUUCCUUGCUCUGUCAGUGCCGCUGGACAGCACAAGGGCUCUGCACAAAGUGACUAUAAUCCUGGUCGGCUGGAGAACCUGUAACUGUAUCUACAACUCUUACAUGAAGCCAGAGCUGUUAAACCCCACAAAGCCAGGCAUGAUGUGUGCAGUAGAACAUGAUGAGCAAAUAGGGCCAAGGCUCGUGAGUGACAUCAUGCAAUUCAGUGUGACAUCAUAUGUGUAUUUUGGAUUUUGCUCAAAUGAAAAAAAAUUAUCAUCAUUGUUCUCCUCUCACUAAAUUACUAUUUUGACUCUUUUUCAGGGCGACUCUGGGGGUCCGAUAGUCUGUAAUGAGGAUGGCACCUGGUUCCUUGCUGGUAUCAUCAGUUUCUCUGCACAGUUCAAACUACAUGAUACUCCCACCAUUGUCACUGCCGUGUCUUUCUAUCAAGAAUGGAUCCAGAACAAUGUGGACACUGAGGCUUCCUUUGCCCCCCAAACCAUCACAGUGACCGAUGACGUAGACACUGAUAACUGCAGUGACCUCCUGAGCACCAAGAACCCAGGUAACCUCUAGGACCAAGCAGAACAGCUCUAUGACAAGGCCCUGGACAUGACAGCUCUCCAACUGACACUAGAACUUAACACUGUGUUUUGCAUCUUAGCAAAUGUGGAAACUGGCAAAUGCUGGGCAUGCCUAUAGUCCAAUAUAACAUCCUGAAUGUUUCCACAGGCUGCGGGAGAAUCCUCCAAAUAAAGGCUCGUGGUUCUAAUGACGCAGGUGCGUGGCCUUGGCAGGUGGACCUGGUGAACAAUGGGCUCCAUGCAUGUGGAGGUGCCUUGAUAUCUGACUCCUGGGUGAUAACAGCUGCUCACUGCUUUACUGGGUGAGAAAACUAAAUAUUCGGAUGGAAACAUUCAGGUGGAUAUGGUGAAUGUUUGUGGCAAAGACAGAACCAAAACGGGUGUCCAGAAAUGGUUUGAGUGAAAGAUGAGAUCGAAAAUAAAUGUGAGAAUAAAAGAGAAUAUGAAACUCAGUACAAAAAGUUUAUUUUUCUUGUUUUAAUGAAUAAAAGCUGGCUAUUUUCUGUGUGAUCUAGGUGUCCUAAUCUCUCAGUAUCUCGUUGUCUCCAUUUUCUUAUCAUCUUUUAUUUUAUCUUUUCCAUCUCUUUGUGUAUUAUCAGACCUCUCUCAUCAGACUCCCCACAUGGCUGGACUGUAAUAGUGGCCCCUGGGUCGCCAGCCAUGCGUGAGAUCUCUGUCCAGAGGAUAAGCAUGCAUGGAGCAUUUAUAUCACCAGAGGACGGGAGAGAUGUUGCCCUACUUCAACUUGCCCAACCAGUUAAUUUUGGGCCAUACAUUCAGGCAGUCUGCCUCCCUCAAGCUUCCAACCACAUAAAGUAUGGAUCUUCAUGCUGGCACACUGGGUGGGACAGACCCACCGUUGGUAAGUUAGAUAGGCUAAUAUACAGCUCCCAACGCGUUUCAUCACACUCCAUGUAGCGUCCUGUCUAGUGUAAUGUCUUGAUGACCCCAUGGGUGGGUUUGACCAUUUCUUAUUGCUCUGCAGAUGGAAAGACUGGGCCACCGAGGGCUGUGGAGAUGGAGCUGAUUGAUCCUAGCCAGUGUAACUGUAUCUACAGCCACCCAAGCUCAGCCAAUCACAGCAUGUCCAUACUACCCGGCAUGAUCUGUGCCUCCAACAAGGAGAAAGAGGAAAACCAAUGCCUGGUCAGUAAAGGGGAACAUGUUUUACCAUUAACUUCUUUACAGGGAACAUGAAUAGAUAUCUGUGGUUCCCCCUGUGGUUGCUAUUUGCUAUUACACCUCAGAUGGCUUUUUAAAAAUGAUUAUUUAUUUAUUUUUGAGAACUUUUUCGUUUUACAUGUAGCAAGAAAAAUAUUCAUAUCGGGACACGCAGGUCCCUAUUGCAGUAUGACAUAAGUAUAGACAUUAUAUCGCGUACAGUACGGAUGAUAUGUUACAUUAGUAGGACAGUCCAGUCUUGGGAAAUUUAAAAGACUUUCUUGAGGCCAUGUGCCUAGUUUUUGAUAACUCCAAUCGCUGUGCUACAGCAGACGCCAUACUCCUUCAUUUACAUCAAGGGAGGAGCUCUGUGGCUGAAAAUGCUGCUGAAGUCAGACAAUGGGUUGCUGAUACUAUUUGGAACCAAUCAGCCGAGAGGUUCCACUUCAGAAGGGGUCUCUCAGAAGCUAUAAAAGAUGAGCUAGCUCGUGUUGAAUUUGAUGCAUUUGUGCGGUUGGCUACCCCUGGAAAGACAGGGCUCUUUUAAACCAAGUGCUAGUCCUGCUUUCUAUUCAAGAAUUUGUACUCUGACCCCACAAACAUCUACAGACUCUGAACCUGAGGCUAUGCAGGUUGAUCAUUAUCCAUCUAUCAUUACUAAUGACCACUACAGAUUAAAAGCUCCUCUCUCCUCACUGUGAUAGGAUAUAUGCACCUUUGUGAUAGCUACACCUAGUGGUGAGAAUAGAUCAUUACAGUCCACACAUGAGGCCAGCUCAUUAAAGGGACACUAUAGUCACCUAGAGCUUAAUGUAGUUUUUCAGGUGAGAGCUAUAGCUCCCUGCAGGCAAUCUAAUGUAAACCCUUCCUAUCAUGUAGGGCCCUAAAAAGGCCAUGUACAUGUCAGACGUAUUAAAAUACGUCUGACGUGUGCAGGAGAGAGAAGGCACUGUGGGCGCGCCUUCUCUCUCCUGCCUGUCAGCAGAGGAGAGGGGGCGGGCAAAGACCGCGAGCUGAGCUGUCAGUCAGCUCAGCUUGCGGCCGCGCACACCGCGCGCAUGUGAGGUAGUGCGCUCAGGACUUCAUAGGGCGGCAUGAUUGCUCCCUGCUCGCGCCCGCCUAUUUAGUCAUUUUGACGAAAUAGGGGGCGCGGCUUCACGAGGCUCCCGGCGCUGGAACGAGUUGAGUAAAAAUGGCUGCCUGGAGUGUCCCUUUAAGUUGUAAAUUUUAACACCUAGACGUGACAGUUGGAAUUAGAGAACUGCAGUGGGAGAGCUCCAUCUAGUGUACAGUGUAGGGCAUUACAUCAUCAGAGCAAGAUUUGAUGUGAUGAGCCAUUGCAAUGUAAUUGCUCCAUCUGGUGGGCAUAUUAGAUCACUGCAUGUUUUAAUUUCCAUAUACUGGAUAGGAUAGGAGAUCAUUGCAGUGUUAGAACUCCAUCCCAUAGAGUAUAUGUGUAUCUGUAUGUAGUGUGUGUGUGUAUCUGUAUGUAGUGUGUGUGUGUAUCUGUAUGUAGUGUGUGUGUGUCUGUAUGUAGUGUGUGUGUGUAUCUGUAUGUAGUGUGUGUGUGUAUCUGUAUGUAGUGUGUGUGUGUCUGUAUGUAGUGUGUGUGUGUGUAUAUGUAUGUAGUGUGUGUGUGUCUGUAUGUAGUGUGUGUGUGUCUGUAUGUAGUGUGUGUGUCUGUAUGUAUGUAGUGUGUGUGUGUCUGUAUGUAGUGUGUGUGUGUCUGUAUGUAGUGUGUGUCUGUAUGUAGUGUGUGUGUGUGUGUGUGUAUCUGUAUGUAGUGUGUGUGUGUCUGUAUGUAGUGUGUGUGUCUGUAUGUGUGUGUGUAUCUGUAUGUGUAGUGUGUGUGUCUGUAUGUAGUGUGUGUGUGUUUGUAUGUGUGUAGUUUGUGUAUACUGCAUGUGUGUAAUGUGUAUCUGUGUGUAGUGUGUGUGUGUCUGUAUGUAGUGUGUGUGUGUCUGUAUGUAGUGUGUGUGUGUAUCUGUAUGUAGUGUGUGUGUGUCUGUAUGUAGUGUGUGUGUCUGUAUGUAGUGUGUGUGUGUAUCUGUAUGUAGUGUGUGUGUGUCUGUAUGUAGUGUGUGUGUCUGUAUGUAGUGUGUGUGUGUUUGUAUGUGUGUAGUUUGUGUAUACUGCAUGUGUGUAAUGUGUAUCUGUGUGUAGUGUGUGUGUGUCUGUAUGUAGUGUGUGUGUCUGUAUGUAGUGUGUGUGUGUGUUUGUAUGUUUGUCAUGUGUAUCUGUGUGUAGUGUGGUUAUCUGUGUCUGUAUGUGUGUAGUUUGUGUACACUGUAUGUGUGUAACGUGUAUCUGUUUGUGUAGUGUAUAUAUCUGUAUGUCUGUGUAUCUGCAUGUGUGGCAGUGUUUGUAUCUGUAUGUGUCAGUGUCUGUUUGUGCAUGUCUGUAUGUCUGUGUAUCUGCAGGCUUAUCAGUGUGCCUGUACAUCUGUAUGUGUGUCAGUAUCUACAUGUGUGUCAGUUUUUGAUACAUAUACAGACAAACAAACACUGUCACACAUGCAGAUACACAGACAAACAGAUACAAUCACUGACAAACAUACAGACACACAGAUACAAACACUGACACACAUGCAUAUACACAGACACAUUGUACAGGUAAGUGUAUUGGCUGCAGUGCACACACAGACACUAGCUACAUCCCCAGCACAAACAGAGACACAUACUACAUCCCCAGCACACCCACACACAUACUACGUCCCCAGCACAUACAGACAUAUACUACAUCCCCAGCAUGCACACAGUCUCAAGCUAUAGCCCCAGCAUACACACAGACACUCACUACAUCCCCAGCACACACAGACACUCACUACAUCCCCAGCACACACAGACACUCACUACAUCCCCAGCACACACACAGACACACACUACAUCCCCAGCACACACACAGACACACACUACAUCCCCAGCACACACAGACACUCACUACAUCCCCAGCACACACACAGAAACUCACUACAUCCCCAGCACACACAGACACUCAUUACAUCCCCAGCACACACAGAGACACACACUACAUCCACAGCACACACAGACAUAUACUACAUCCCCAGCACACACAGACACAUACUACAUCCCCAGCACACACACAUACAAACACUACAUCUCCAGCACACACAGACACAUAAGACACAUACUACAUCCCCAGCACACACACAGACACACACUACAUCCCCAGCCCACACAGACACAUACUACAUCCCCAGCACACACACAGACACACACACACAGACACACACUACAUCCCCAGCACACACACAGACACACACUACAUCCCCAGCACACACACAGACACACACUACAUCACCAGCACACACACAGACACACACUACAUCCCAAGCCCACACAGACACAUACUACAUCUCUAGCACACACACAGACAUAUACUACAUCCCCAGCACACACAGACACACUACAUCCCCAGCACACACACAGACACAUACUACAUCCCCAGGCCACACAGACAUAUACUACAUCCCCAGCACACACACAGACAUAAGCUACAUCCCCAGCACACACACAUACACACACUACAUCUCCAGCACACACAGACACUACAUGCCCAGCACACACACAGACACACACUACAUCCCCAGCCCACACAGACACAUACUACAUCCCCAGCACACACACAGACACACACUACAUCCCCAGCCCACACAGACACAUACUACAUCCCCAGCACACACACAGACACACAAUUACAUCCCCAGCACACACAGACACACACUACAUCCCCAGCCCACACAGACACAUACUACACCCCCAGCACACACACAGACACACUACAUCCCCAGCACACACACAGGCACAUACUACAUCCCCAGCACACCCACAUAGAGACACUACCAUUGCAGAAGCAUAUAUGUUUUGUUGUUGUUGUUUUUGUUGGUUUGGGGGGGAGGGGGAUGGUAUCUAUACUUGGAUCCAGGCAGCACAAUGUCUUACAAGUGAUGGGGAGACUGUAGGCACCCAGACCACUUCAGCUCAGUUUUAGGGAGAUAAAGAGGACAAUAUUUGAGGGAGAGACUGAAUUACUACAGAGGGAGACCCUAAAGGAAAGUUCUAGGGGAAAGUAGCCCUGUUCCUACCUGUUUACCCUGAUUUAUUCUUCUUGUGUAGAGCGACUCUGGUGGACCCCUUGUUUGUCAAGAGGAUGAAGUAUUUGUUCUUGUUGGGCUGCAAAGCUUUGGUGGGAAGUGUCAGCAAAGGGUGGAAGGGGACAUCAUCCUUCCUGGAGUGUUCACUCAGCUUAUCACCUACGAGGAUUGGAUGUACCAUGUGACAAAUGACAAUUCUUUAAAUCUACAGCCAACGGCCGCCUACAGGGAGGUGGACAAUGAGAGAUGCCCCAUAAAUCUUUCAAGAGGUACAGGUCAACCUUGGGUGCAGUGUGAAGGUCUGUGUGAGUGUUUGAGGGGAGCAAAACUUGUCGAUUACAUAGAAUCCACACUGAGUAAAAAUAUAAGUGUAAUACUUGUUUUAAACCUCAGAAUAAGCUGUUCACCUAUUAACUUGCAUAGUACAGAUUGCCGUUUGCAGGUAAUUGAUUAUAAAUAUUGAUUAAAUAUUUGAUAUUCCCGUACUUGUCCAUGUCAAACCAAUACACUCUCUUAGAUAUAUCAUUGCCAUGAUAAUCUAGUAGGCAGUAAUUUAAUGCCGAUAAUUUUGCCUUGUUUGUUAGGUUGUGGAUACACAAUCUCGUCCCCCGGUUCUGUUCCUAAUAACAAUGAGACAGAAGGUGCUUGGCCAUGGCUAGUGAGUGUUCAGAGAUAUGAGUGGCAUGCCUGUUCUGGUGCUGUGAUUGCUCAGACCUGGGUCCUCACCUCAGCUCACUGCAUGUUCAGGUAGGAUUCAGAAACUUGGCUCAAGGACAUGCGGCCUUCUGCCCCUUAGUGGAUUUGUUGUACCUAGAACAUUUGUGGGCUAAUGUAUCCCUUUUGUCUCGACAGUUAUAAACUCGAUUUAAAUGAUGAUUACACCAUUAUCCUGGGGAGGCACAGUCAGAAUGGCCCAAACCAUCAUGAAGUAACACGCAAAGUCCGACGGGUAGUUAUCCACCCAGAGUACAACCAAACCUCAGGAAAAAAUGACCUGGCACUGAUAGAGGUCUACUAUGGUGUCACCUUUAGUGAUUACAUCCAACCCAUCUGCCUUCCGCCUGAAGACUCUAAACCGCCAAACACCGGCUGCUGGGUCACUGGAUGGGAAACCUGGAACCCACCAGGUAAACUGGCAUAGAUGUGGGUUAGAGGUGAAACCUUGUCACAAACAUUGCACCUCAAUUGUCAUCCUUUACAGAACCAAUAAUAAUAGUGCACCAAUGAAAAGUAAAUGUGGAACUGUUGAGUUUGAAGUAAUGAUUUUGUAAUGGAUUUACUUUCGUUAGAAUGCAGUAUUGUUGCAUCUCUGUUUGUUAAGGUGCAUCUGGCGACAGAAGUGUGGAGAGAUUUGUACCCACUAAUGGACCAUGGACACUCCAUGAAUUAUAAAACUAGACACCUGAGAUGCUAUGAAAUAUAACUUUCAUUAAAUCGAAAUUCUGUGUGAGAAUAUGUUGAUAUGAAAAUAUUUUUUGUUGUUUUAAAUCACUAUAUUGUAAGUGGGAGACUCUGAAUACCGGUGAAGAAUUGAGUGUGUAGUGUCUUAUUGGUGGAAAUGUGGCCAAUCAACAAUUAACAAUACUCUCUGUCUUCUUCUCCUCCAGAAAACAAACCUGCAUCUCCUUUAAUUCAGGAAUUAGAAGUGUCUCUGCUGCUCAAUGAGAAAUGUGGAGAUCAGGGGAACAAAUCUGGACCAAACCAAGAUACCCAGCUAUGUGCAGCGAAGAUAAAUGAAAAGGACUUUACUUGUCUGGUAGGAAAAAAAAUUAAAAGAAUGUAAAAGCUAUAAAACACCACUGCCUUGUCUCUUUAUCACUAUAUUCAAUCAUGCAAAAUCCCCGCCACUGUCCUUUCCCUUUCUAUCUCAGCCCAUUGAUCCUUCAGUCUCUCCUAUUCCUUCACUGUCCCAACCCAUCCAUCCAUCAUCCUCUCCUUGUCCAUCCCUCCAUCAUUUUCUCCUUGUCCAUCAUUGACCCAUCCCUCCAUCAUUAUCUUCUUGUCCAUCACUGCCCCGUCCCUCCAUCAUUCUCUCCUUGUUAAUCACUGCACUAUCUGUCCAUCAUUCUCUUUUUGCCCACCAGCAACCCAUCACUCCAUCAUUCUCUACGUCUCCAUCCCUCCACCAUUCUCUCCUUAUCAUCACUGACCCACCCAUCCAUCAUUUUCUCUAUUAUUCUGUUCAUGGCUGAUAUUUUCCCAUUUCUCUGUCAUUCUCUCCAUCAACCGGUACUAUUCCUGUAUUAUUCUCAAAUCCGUGAUUGCUCCGUAUCUGUCAUUCUAUAACUGUCUACUACUGUCAAGUCUCAUUAAUCCAUGCCAAUCAAUGCUUCAUCUCACCACACUUCUUCCCAUGCCCAGUACGGUCAUUCCUCUCUAUCACCCAUCACUUUUUCUCAACUUGCCCAUCGCUGCCCUUUUUCCUUUCCUUUUCUCUGUGCCCAUAACUGCCUUACAAACCAUCAUUCACCCCUCGUCCAUCACUGUACAGUUUCUCCAUCAUUCCUGCUCAACCAAGGACUGCUUCUUCUCUCCCUCACUACUAGUCAUUUUCUGGAUGGCCACCUCUUGAUCAUCCCCUGUUUGCCUAUCACUGCCCCAUGGCUCAGUAAAUCUCUCCAUACCUCUUACUGCCCUGCUUCUCUGUCUCUUGCUUUACGUCCAUUAUAUGUACCUUGUUUUGGCAGUAGCCUCCUUUAUGUUUUCUUAUUACCCCUCUACCCUUGUUUUGCAUAUUGUCUCACCAGUCUCUAUUUAUUACCCAAUCACAGAAGGAAUCCAGUGCACCCCUGGUGUGCCAGCUGCAUCCUGGAGGACCAUGGUUCUUGUUUGGCAUUGGCAUCUCACUCAGAAAAUCUAGGAGUUAUGAGUGUCCUGCAAAAUAUACUUCAAUACCCUCCAAGUUGUCUUGGGUCAGGGAGGUCGUACCACACACAGAGUUUGACUUAGUCAAGUUACUCACCCAAUGAUCACAAGUCCAAAACACUGGCAUUACUUCCCAUGGCACCAAAUGCUGAAAUCUGACAACACUUGAAUGUGAAUGCCACUCAAACUCCUCAGGAUGUGAGCACCAGCAACCCACCGAAUGCCAAUGCGUCAGCACAACACAACAAGAAAGGGCUACAACACAGAAUUGGAUACAAUGAGUACAGCUUGUACAAGAUGGCACACAAUGGGUAUCUCUCACAACACUGACUUUACUACGUCUUUGGCGGACCUGAUACAAGGCUCAGUCUCUCAGUCUCUAAUUUUACUGGAACCAUGCCACCAGUGGUUCCUCUGCAGCUCAUGUAGAGUAGAACUGACUCUUCAACUGCCUUCUAACUGUCCUUUGUGUAUUCCAUGGCUUGUAAACUGAGACUGGGAGUGAUGAUUAGCUGUGACUGCUCGAGAUUGUCACGCAACCCUUCCCGAUACCUUGCUCCCAGGCACUGCGGCUAAGUGUGGGUGGCGAGGAUAUGUUAUCUAGGGAGGAUAUUGAAAGCCGUUUUCAAGGUUGGCAAACAUAAGAUCUGCAGUCCAGUUUUGGCAGAAUUACACUAACUGAUUAUGAUUAAGUAAGUUAUCAAUCUCCAGCUCUGUGGACCCACCUAGCAAUAUGUAGAAUCCAGCGACAUUGACCCUUUAUGCUCUCAAAAGAGAAAGUAACAACAGUGAGUGCAUGAUAUGG